AUGUACCAGAGUUUAGCCAUGGCAGCUAACCCCGGCCCUCCGGCGUACGAGGGGGCAGGUGGCUUCAUGCACAGCGCGGCCGCAGCUUCCCCCGUCUAUGUGCCCACCACGAGGGUCACCUCCAUGCUCCCCAGCCUGCCAUACCUCCAGAGCAGCGGCUCUUCCCAGCAAGGCAGCCCCGUCUCCAGCCACUCCAUCUGGACUCAACCCGGAGCCGAAAGCGCCGCUUACAACCCCGGAUCUUCUCACCCUCCCGUGUCACCUCGGUUCUCCUUCUCCACCAGCACCCCCAUCCCUGCCACCUCUUCCCGGGAAGCCGCGGCGGCUUACAGCAGCUCCUUGAACCUUUCUGCUAACGGGAGGGAGCAGUACAGCAGGGGUUUCGGCAGCUCCUAUUCCAGCCCUUACCCGGCUUACAUGUGCCCUGAAAUGGCCACGACUUGGACUUCUUCCCCCUCCGACGGCCCCAUGCUGCACAACCUGCAGAGCCGAGGGACGCCCGCAGCCGCCCGGCACGCCAACAUAGCAGAAUUUUUUGAUGAUUAUUCAGAGGGGCGAGAAUGUGUCAACUGUGGGGCCAUGUCCACCCCACUCUGGAGGAGAGAUGGCACGGGGCACUACCUCUGCAACGCCUGCGGGCUCUACCACAAGAUGAAUGGCAUCAACCGGCCCUUGUUCAAACCUCAGAGGAGGCUGUCGGCUUCCCGCCGCGUCGGCCUCUCUUGUGCCAACUGCCACACAACGACAACCACGCUCUGGCGCAGAAAUGCCGAGGGAGAGCCCGUCUGUAACGCCUGCGGACUCUACAUGAAGCUCCAUGGGGUUCCAAGGCCUUUAGCCAUGAGAAAAGAGGGCAUUCAGACGAGGAAGCGCAAGCCGAAGAACCUUAACAAAACAAAGACGCCAGCAGGUCCGUCCAGCAGCGAGAGUCUUACCCCGACCACCAGCUCCACCAGCAGCAGCAGCAGCGCCACGACCACUGAGGAAAUGCGCCCCAUAAAAACAGAACCUGGGCUCUCAUCUCAUUACGGGCACCCCAGCCCAAUUUCUCAGGCAUUCUCAGUCUCUGCCAUGUCUGGACAUGGAUCAUCUAUUCACCCUGCGAUUUCGUCUCUGAAGCUUUCCCCGCAGGCUUACCAGUCAGCUAUCAGCCAGUCUCCACAAACCAGCUCCAAACAGGACUCCUGGAACAGCCUGGUGUUAGCUGAAAACCAUGGGGACAUCAUAACUGCAUAACCUGGUCUUCCACCCAUGGACUUCAGGCUGAUCUGCUUGAGAGAUGAAGAAGAUGCCACGUAAUCAUCAAGUCAAUGUUGUUUCCCACCUCCCCUGCUCUCCUGCAUUCUAUCCCCUUGUGAGAUGUUCCAGCAAAGAGGUAAAGAGGACUUAUCUGAGGCGUAGGAGAGCUCUUAAGAAACGAACAGAGAAGACACAAAUCUCAAAGUAACUAAUGGACAUGAAGCCUUUUCUCCCACUUUAAAUGAGCCUCUCUAUUUGAUUGUAACCACAUUCUAUGAAAUAAUAGCC